AACACAUGCCAAUUGCUAUUGGGCCACGCCAUGAGCUACACAGGGUGGCAUGUUGAAAACUUUAAUUUGCCGUCCAUCAAUUACCAUCACAGUGGAAAACCGAAGUACUGGGUGGUGGUUGCCGAGAAAUACGACGUACUGCUCAAGGAAUUCUUCCGUAAAAACAUUCCUAGUUUUUACGAAGAAUGCCGAUCUGCAGAACUGCACAAAUUAUUUUUAGUUAUGCCACAACUCUUUAAGGCAAACGAUCCGCCGAUCCCCUUUCACUGCUUCAAGCAGUGUAAGGGGGAUUACAUCAUCACUUUCCCAGGCGCCUUCCAUUUUGUGGUGAAUUCCGGCUUGAACGUGGCUCAAGCGACAAACUUUGUUUUUCCCGAGUGGCUGCCCUUUGCCAAAGCUCGGGAAGGGGUUGUGGCCGAUCCCUACAUGCGUCCUCUCAUGUACGCCUACCAUUAA